AAUCCCGAAAAUCUAUUUGUGAUGUGAAGUUGAUUUCUUCAUAUUUUACAAGUUGAUACUAUCUAUGUCCUUUUUAUUUGUACUAUGUACUUUGUAUUCUAACAAAACAGCAAAACAUGUCAAUCCGGAAGUAAACACAAAUUAUGCAUUUAUUAUAAAUAUGAACUAGUGACAUAUAUAGAUGUUUGAUGGUAAUCCAGGAAGGUCUGACAGUCUUCCUUUAUAUGACAGUGUUUUGGGAUUAUUUGUCAUUUUCUAUUUUUGGAAAUGAUGAUUUAAAAAUAGAACAAGCGAGUCAUUUCUUCCUACUCAACGUCGCGAAGCUGCUUGUGGUCAGUGAGUUAUAAAUUGACAACUUGUAUUCCUUAGGUCUGCCUGUAAUAAUAUGAAUUUGUCUGCGGCUUGAAACAGUCUCCAUGUCCGGAUCCACAGGCUUUGGAUUUGCAUUUAUGCUCUCUAAAAAGUAAAUACUGCCACUUUCUACGCCGAGUAAAUUCUGUUAGCAAGUGUAACAGAAAAAUGUCCAACCCUCCGGGUAAUUUUUAGAGACUGAUGGGUCAGACAACCAAAACACAUCACCCCUCAGUAAUUACUGCAAUAUUUGGGGGUUUUCUGGGAUUUUUCUGCCAAGAACUUUGAAUUCUGGUGUACUCAUGGCUUCCAAAACAUCCAAGACGAUCUUUCAUGACAAGCAUCCCAAUGGAACCGCAAUCGUGAAGGAAGAGUUAAAGCUGCCCAAGUGCUUCUCAUCAAGGCUUGCCUUUAUGCUUUAUAAUGUUUUUUCAAAGGAAGAAUGUGAGGAGUUCAUCAAACACACAAGGAAGCUGGGAUAUCAGGAAGCUCUAGUCAAUAUAGGGUUUGGCAGACAGAAGAAGAUGACUGAUGUGCGUAAUAAUGAUCGCUGUAUAUGGGACACCUUAGAAGAGUCCGGUAAAAUAUUAAAUCGCAUCAAACCUUAUCUCCCACCUGUAUGGAAUCAUCAUAAACUGGUGGGGCUAAAUGAAAGAUUGAGGACAUUGUACUACCAACCAGGACAGUACUUCAAGCCUCACUUUGAUGGAGAAUACAGGCGCACCAAUGGAGAGAGAAGUUAUGUCACUGUCCAAGUCUAUCUUAACGAGGGCUUUAAGGGAGGAGAGACCACGUUUAUGGAUUCACCUGAGAAGGAGCUGUGUCCAGUUGUUCCCAAAACAGGUUCUGUUUUGGUGUUUCAACAUGACAUUUUACACGAGGGAUCAACUCUGAUAGCGGGAGAGAAAUUCACCAUAAGAACAGAUGUCAUGUAUUCCGGAGCACGGGUUGAUCCAGAAGAAGAGAAUGCCAUUAUAGAAGCACACAAGUUACUGCUGAGCAAGCCCGACAAUGCUGAAAAUCCCACAGAAGAUGAAAAUAUUCAAUCGUGCAGUGAUGGGAUAGGGAAUCUUGAAAUAAAAUGAAUAUGUUUUAUUUCACACAUAAAGACUCCCGGUUUACAUUGUCAAGUAUAAAAGUUGUUAUUUUUGACAUUGGGUGAUAAUACAUGUAUGUACAUGAAUGCAUAGAAACAGUUUGAAAUAUAUUUUGCAUUGCCAACUCUAUUAUUUCCACUGUGGUGUGGAAAGGUAUGAGAAUAUUUCUAUCCAUUAAUAGAAUGGAUACACAUGUACAUAAGGCGGCAUUUUUGGGUAUCUUGAUUUCAGGAUUUUCAAAUUACAUGUGCAAUAUCCUACCACAAGCAGUGCUUGAAUACCUGCAGUUGGAUUUGGCCCAAGAUGUUUUAGUUGUCGCACUGGGGUACCAGUUAAACCAUUAAGAUAUCUUUUGCCUUAAAAUCUUGUAUAAAUGCAGAAAAGUAUCAUUGACAUUUUUUUUUAGAAAAACAUGAUUAAUUGAAUAUUUACAUAUUUCAAUGCACAUUGUUUUUUAUAUGCCGUAUUAGGAGUAUACAUAGCUGAAAAGAGACAGACAGUUCAGAUCAUUGUCAUUACGGAGACAAUUUAGCUCACUUGUUACGAGAACUGAUAUGAGUAUAAAUGAUGAAUUACCAAGAAGUCCUUUUGUAGACCAUGUUUUUGGCUUCACUAUAUAUAUGCAUCAAAACUUGCUUAAAUGUUUGGGCUAGCGGUUAAGUUGUGAUAUACCUUAUGGUACUUACUGUUUAUUGUACAAAGCGUAUUUUUAAAACAAAAAUAAGUGUUGAAAAUUUUCAAAUUUUACCAUGUGUUAGAAUAAAUAAUGUUCUUUUCUAUCAGAACUGCCUUUUAAUAAUUUGUUAAGGUUUAUAUAUCAAAUAUAGAUCUUUUUGACCUAUAUUUCUUAAUUUAGUUCUACUUCUACCAUAUAUUGACCUACUUCAUCAAGUUGAAGAUUAUGUCAGAGUUCUGCAUAUGGAAGGAAAGGGACAUUUGCAUAGAUACUUGAGGGUAUUUAAUAUUGAUAAGACAGUUUACAAUAGAGGAGGGCAGUAUAUUCCAGUCAAUGGUGGUUCUGAGGAAGAAGUGUUGUUGUCUGCAUAUAGUUUUGGAAUGGAGUGUUUGGUAGGAGAAUGCAAAUUAUGAGGAUAUUUUGCUAAACUGAAUUGCGUAGCACAUUAUUUUACAAAAGGAAGACGUGCAUCUCGAGGCCUGUCCAAAAGUGGGUUGACUUGGUUUAUGCCCUAUUUAUUCAAAGCAGGAGUGGGGCAUAAUUACAGGUUAAAUUUUUUAUACUAACUAAAUUUGCAUUGCAAUUCAUUUGAGGUAUGUUAUUUUGUUGCGUUUGCAUUCGCGACCAAAUAUUUCUAUGGUUUGGAAAUAGUUCUUUAAGUAUUUUUGUAUUUCGCCAAUGAGCUUCACAAUCACUAAUUCGCUUCCACUUGCUAGUGUUGGGUUUCAUGCCCUUGCAUUUUCAGCUUUCAAUCAUUGCUAAUUACUGUAAGUCAUAAACACGACUAUGUAUAGGAUUUAGUAAAGUCGUGAUUCAAAAAUAAAAAUAGGGAGGAUAUAGUAUAUAAAUGACUGUUAUUACAGAAAUGUACAAAUUGUAAUUUUUGAUUGUACUGCCCUUAAAUAGUGCUACCUACUCAAAAUGUUGUAAAAAGAAACAUAACUUAAAGAAAUAUUACACAUGAAUGAUGUUUUUUAAUUCUAUAAUGUUCGGGUCUAAUCAUACUGUUAGACUAGUAAGGGGGCAAUCUUGUCAUGCUAUUUAAUUCAUACUUUAAUGGACUUUCUUACAUUGUCUGGGAUUGGCCUUUGCUGCCUGGUGAAAAUGGUAACCAUAAAAUCCAUUAACGCACAAAAUUGACUGUUCCAUCAUUUAAUAAAUGUAUUAUAACCUACCAGAAACCUCUCGGAAAUACAGAGUAAGUUUUCUUUGUUGUUUUGAAAUGAAUACAAAAAUUGAAGUUCGUGUAAGCAAUUAGGAUGAUUUGAAACCUAGUUGUUUACGUAUUCUCCAAUGUAAGUUUUAUACAGGAUAUUAUGAAAAUGAAUGUGACUGGGUUUUUCUUAAACGUCUAUCAAUAUCAAAAUUAUGUAUUUCAAUCCUUAAGUAGACAACGUAUGGACUGCUGUUGUAAUAUGUUUAAAUUGUUGUUAUAGUAUAUAUUUCAAAAAGUUAUAGUUUUGUAUCAGCGUUGAAAACAAGUAUUGUUAUUAAUGUGAAGAUUAUCAGACAUAGCUGUGAGCAGGUAUUUGAUUGAUAAGUUGUAUACAUUGUCUAUGGUAGUGCUAUCUGAUAUAAGAUACUAGUUAACCAUAUUAAAUUGCUAUAACACUGUCUGGAUAUACAAUGGUAAUAUCAUUGGAAAAAUCGUUGUGAACAUAGCUUACCGUUAUAGUACGCCAAUACAAUGUACCACAUUAUGGAUAAGUAUUAAAGCGUUGAACACCAUCCAUAUCACAUUGUGUAUCACUCAAAGGCCUUAAAAUAUAAACCAACCUUAUUCUGUGUCAAUUUGAAACCUUCAAAUUCAUUCAUAUCAUGUUCUUUCUCGAUCUAAGACCCUGAAAUAUUCAUCCAUAUUCUACUCUGUAUAUCCAUGGUCCAUGAGUGUCAAACACGGUACUUUAUUUCCUAGUUGAUUUACUGCUAAAUUUUAAGCUAAAUGCUAUUUGAAUAAAAUUAUCUUAUGACAGUUACGUUACCACUGUCAAGGAAUGUUUGUGAUGACUAUUUUUAUUUGGUUUCCAUAGUCUGCUUGACCACAUAUUGUCACUUGAGGGGACUGCGUCACAUAUAAAGAAGAACUACUAGGUUUAAAUCUUUCUCGUACUUUAUUUACAAUGAGACGUUGUCAUGGAUACUGAAGAUGCAGCUUCAGAAUUGCCACACCAGAAUUGUAUCACAGAUAAGUUAGAAAUUAGAAAGUUUUUUUUCUGCUGUGGGUUAUUUAUAUCAACCAAUUAAACGCAGAGAAGUUUUAUUUACGUGAACAAAAAUGUUACAAUAUGAUGUAUUUCAAUUAUUAUAUGUUGUUAUAGGCUAUAAUAGCUGCAUGAUUUUAUAUAUAUAUAUUAGCGUAUAGAAGCUAUACGAUCUACACAGAAUGUGAAAAGCGCUUUUGAUGGGUUUUUUUUAUCUAGGAAUUGUUGGUUAAUGUUUUAAGAAUUCUUUAUUGAUUUAUCGAUCUAUUUUAUUUAAUGUUUUUUUUGUAAGCUGUGAUAUUGCUGUGUGAUAAAUGAGAUACGACCCUGUUGCGUUAUAGUGUAAUGGUAUAGUUGUAUACAUAUAUUAUUCUAUUAUGGCCCUUUCCCGAGGGAACUGGUCUCUUAUAGUGUUGUCUGGGGAGGUAAAGUGCCUGAGCCGUUAGGCAUAAUUUCCUACAAAAUCUUAAAAUUAUUAAAAUGUAGUUUAUAAUGGUAUCUGAUCGCUUUAGAAUUUGUGAAAUUCUUAUGAAGAUUAACAACAGUUUUUAAUUUGUUAUUGUAGGGGAGAUUUAUUCAUAAUCAAAAUAUGUUAUCUUUAGGAAGAUGUACUCACAAUUACAAGAUGUUAUCCUUAGAUGAAAUUUACUCAUACCAACAAGACGUUAUCGUCAGGAAAGAUACACCCACAAUCACAAAAUGUCAUCGUGAGGGAAGAUUUGCCGACAAUCACAAAUGUUAUCUUUGGUGAUGUUCUCACAACAUUGUAAACUGUUAAUAUAAAAUGUUCUAAGAAGGGAAUACGGAUAUAGAGAUAAAGUGUGUCGAGAAUUACAUGAGAAUCCAGAUCCCAGUCUUAGAUUGAAUAUGGUCAUCUUUACUGGGGUUGUCCAAAUUUUAGCCAUUGCCUUACACGGUGGUUUAUAGGUAUUCCAUUAGUAUUCUAACUAUUGCUUUAUAUUAGGUUAUUAAAGAGCUUUAGAAACGAUUAUAUAAUAAAAAAAAAUGAAUAAUUUAUCUUCAGAUUGUCUUGUCAUUAUUAUUCUGACUAAUGCUUUAUAUUAUGUUAUUAAAGAGCUUUAGGAACGAUUAUAUAAUAAAAAAUGAAUAAUUUA